AUGGCAAGGCAACUAAGGCAUUUGGAAGUUCAAAAUUGCUUGUUCCACCCUCCACCAGAUUUCAAAGGGUUUGAGAAGCUUGUGAAUCUUGGUCUUCAUUAUGUCACUUUUCUUCCAACAAGAUUAAGCAAUCUUAUCUCUAGAUGCCCAUUUCUUGAAAUAUUGAGGUUGAAUUGGUGCACAAACGUUGACACCCUUGAUAUUGAUGCCGCUAAUCUCAAAUGCUUUGAAUUUAGAGGAACGUCAAAGUCCAUUUGCUUCAAGAAUGCCCCUAUGCUUAGGGAAGUUACUAUAUGGCUCGAUUCACAAGUUUCGACAGAUCUAUCUCCUGUUUGUUCUAAUCUUAUAAACUUCUUCUAUUACAUGCCUUGCCUAAUUGAACUGGAUGUACGUGGUGUUUCAUUUAAGGACUUGACAGUGGGAGGUCUGUCAGGGAAUUCCCCGACUGCUUUGAACAAUGUCAAAUCUCUCAGGAUUGGGAAAAUGUUAUUUGAAAACAGAAACAAUGAACGAUGUUGUGGGACCUGUUGCAGUUGUACAAUACUUACAAGACCACCAAAGCUUGUAUGGUUCUGUGAAGUUGCUUCGAAGAGUGUAGAUGAGUACUUUAGUGGUCUUGAGAUAGAAAUGGAAUUUGUGAGGCUUAUAUUAGCAUCUGCACCUGCAAUUGAGAAAAUUUUCUUUUGGUAUAUUUCAUCUCUCCUUCACCGGCCGGGUAGACAUCUGAUGGAUAAGAUGAAACAAUUUCACCAAGCAUCACCCAAUGUCGAAUUCACAUUUGAAGAAGUUGUAGAAGAUCAUAGACCGAUUGAACUCCAAGAAAUCACGGAAGCGCCAUGA